AUGGUACGAACGUUGAAUGUCUCGCCUUCAGCACAGCGCGCCACUCCCGUUGAAGACGCCAGAACUCCGGAAGCCAAUAAUGCACUCAGCAUCCUUAACUCUGGUACCGGGCGCGGAAAUGCCACCCACGCUGCCGUCACCAUAGUCCCCUCAGCUUCGACACGAGAUACAAAGGUGUCGAGUGCACGCAAGCGGAAAUUUGCGCCAAAGUCACGCACCGGAUGUGUGACAUGUAAGCUGCGCAGGGUCAAGUGCGAUGAAGCGAGACCGAAAUGCGAUCGAUGCACGAAGCUAGGCCUUGCUUGUGAUGGCUAUACCGAUUUAAAGACUAUCAAUAUCAAUCUAUUUCUAGAUCGCACGGAUCAAAGGAGCUUCUUGUAUUUCCGAGAGCAGACGCUGCCACAAUUGUCGAGCUUCAUAGAAUUUGGUCUUUGGGAUCAGCUCGCACUUCGGCAUAGUUAUUCGGAGGCAACCGUCUUGCGGGUACUUGUGGCCAUUGGCGCCUUUCAUGAAUAUCUCGAGACCUCGAACUUGGAUGAGCGCCAGGAGCGUCGGCUCACAGCUCUACAGCUCUACCAUAAGGCGGUUGCCAAAGCCGCGUCAGAUCUGCGGCACAUGGUUACAGCAGACGCUCUACUCGUUACCAUCCUUUUCACGUUCCUUGAAAAUAUCAAGGGCAGUGUUUUGAACGCCGUGAAGCAUCUGAAGGCCGCUGCAGCGAUUCUUGCUGGUCAUCAGCAUUCUUCGCCUGGAGGUAAAUCGGUGUUAAUCAGUACAGUGCUUACACCGAUCAUCAACAGGUUGAAUUCCGUUCUACAUCUUCUGUAUGCGCCAUCAUCUGCCAUGCUACGAAAGGACGAUACCGAGCAUCCAUAUUCAUCUUUACUAGAAGCACACGACGAUUUCUUCAGCAUAGCUGAAAGCAUUACUCUGAAGCUUGAUACGCACGGAAACGCAGUAGCUAAUCACUGUGCCUUUCUCGGCCAACUAGACAAGUGGUGGGAGAGGUUUGGCGUCUACAUUGCCACAGCUGGGGGCAUUUCAUGUGGUUGUGAGUGGCCUGAGAAUCUGGCGCACCACCAGCUUGGCUCAGCCUUCCUCGAGAUUCUGUAUCGCACAACCCGUGCCCGCUUGCAUACUGCACUUACCGGUCUCGAGACAACCUUCGACCUUUACGAAGACAGUUUCCACCGUAUCCUCGAUCUGUCAACAAUCAUAGUGCAGAUUCUGAGGUUCUCCCCGACGGCGAGCUCGUCGGUCCGCGACUGUAUUGGCUUCAAACCAGCACACUUUUUAAGCUGUUGGAUGGUCGCGGAGGGCUCCAGAAACCCACAUAUUCGUCGUCGGGCCAUCAAAAUACUAAAGCAAUGGCAUUGGAGCGAUGGGCACUGGGACACGUAUUUGACUGCCGACGCUGUCAGUUGUAUUGUUAGGCGCGAGGAGAGUCACAGCCCCAUACAACCGGUCACAUGUGCUGCCGAUAUCCAGGAGGCAAAUCGAGUGCGGUUUCUGGGCGCCAACUAUUUCCGAUGGGAUACGGCAACAAACACCCCUGUCAUUACCUACAGACUGACAGAGUGUGACUUUGUGAAGAUUAGUGUCCUCUGUCGUGAUCCUAGGUCAGACGAUCGCACGCCCAAAAUCAUGGUGGAGUCGCUCUGGUUGGACCGCCGCAGCCAUGGUCUCGCGAUAGAAAGGACUUGCAGCGUUCCCAGAGCGAUCGGUGGCUUCUUCCCACAGGUACAACGUGCUCACCCAACCAAGCUGUGGGCGAUGCUAGACGAAUCCCGCUCGCCUCUCGACAUCUGGCAAGCACGUCGGUUCAAGAUCGUCCACCCUCCUUUCGAUCGGGAUCCGAACCGCGGUCGGGUCGUGGAUCAGGGUAGGUACCCGAUCAUGGAGGAGAGGGUAAUGGGCCUGUCGUUCAAGACGCUUUUAUACAGCAACGAAUAA